GAUUAAUAACCGCGGCGCUGGGGCGCGGGGAGGAGCGCGCGCUGAGAACGGGGCGGGCGUGGUGCGUGGUGGAGCGCGGGCGGGACCCUCGUGGGUGGAGGGCUGGCGGCGGCCCCAGCUCCUCUUCUCCCAGGCGCCGCCACCCCAGGCCCGCGGGCUCCCGGGCUCCGGCCACCUGCGCCCCGCCCCUGCGGCCGCGCCCCAGCCCCGGAACCGCGGAGGCGCGCCUCCGCCUCGGGAAGGGCGAGGUUCCCGUCCCGACGCGCGGAUUUGUCUCCGGGCAGUAGCCCCGCCGUUCUCGGCAUGCGGCUGCGCUGAGAGCCGGUCCGCCCGCGGAUCCGGGGAGCCGGGCGUUGGUUCCCUUUCCCUGCUGUGUGAGAAGGUGGACCUGCAGCCGGCAGGAUGACCAACCCUGCGGCCGCGCAGAACCAGGAAAUAGACUGUCUGAGCCCAGAAGCUCAGAGACUGGCGGAGGCCAGGCUGGCGGCAAAGCGCGCGGCACGAGCGGAGGCCCGAGAGAUCCGGAUGAAGGAGCUGGAGCGGCAGCAGAAGGAGAUCUAUCAGGUUCAAAAGAAAUAUUAUGGGCUGGAUACAAAGUGGGGCGACAUCGAGCAAUGGAUGGAAGACAGUGAGCGCUACUCCCGUAGAUCCAGAAGAAGCACGUCGGCAUCUGAUGAAGAUGAGCGCGUGUCAGUGGGUAGCCGUGGAAGUCUGAGGUCGCAGCCUGACUUGGAGUACGGGAGUCCCUACGCUUGGACAAAUGGUUAUGAUGGAGAAUUAUCACAGCCCCUGAAUAGAAGAUCUGGCAGGAAUUCCAGCCACGGCGGUGACAGCAGAUUCUCUACUUUGUCAUCAUCCAGAGAGGACACCUUGGGACUUUCCUGCUCCGACUUCGGGCUUCUCAGUCGUGGCCUUGCUCCCAAACCCCUGUCUGCCCAGAAUGGAAACCGGCCAUCCUAUAUGUACGGCGCUGCCCGGCCGGCUGGGAGUUACCGGGCGUCUGUGUCGGAUGAGAGCAGUCUCGGUGGGGCUCGGCGGAGCAGUGCCUGCGGUUCCCACGCUCUGGGUGGGCAGCCCUCGGAGCACGGCGGCCACUUCAAGUCCAGCUCGCGCACCUCCUCGAGAGCCAGCUCGGCGCGGGCCAGCCCAGUGGUUGAAGAGAGACCAGAAAAAGACUCCACGGAGAAGGGGUCUCGAGGCCUGCCCGGCCUGUCUGCAGCCACACUGGCCUCCCUGGGUGGGACUUCCUCUCGAAGGGGCAGCGGGGACACCUCCAUCUCCAUUGACACUGAGGCCUCCAUUAGGGAAAUCAAGGAACUCAAUGAGUUAAAGGACCAGAUUCAGGAUGUAGAAGGCAAAUACAUGCAGGGAUUGAAAGAGAUGAAGGACUCACUAGCAGAAGUUGAAGAAAAAUAUAAGAAGGCCAUGGUUUCCAACGCUCAGCUAGACAAUGAGAAGACAAACUUUAUGUACCAGGUCGAUAUGCUGAAGGACAUGAUGCUGGAGCUUGAAGAGGAGCUGGCUGAGUCCAAGCGGCAGUGCGAGGAGAAGAGCAAAGAAUUUGAAAGGGAAAAGCAUGCCCACAGUAUCCUCCAGUUUCAGUUUGCUGAGGUGAAGGAGGCCCUGAAGCAAAGAGAAGAAAUGCUUGAGGAAAUCCGACAGCUACAGCAGAAACAGGCGAGUUAUAUCAGGGAGAUUUCUGAUCUUCAGGAAACAAUAGAAUGGAAAGACAAAAAGAUAGGGGCGUUAGAGAGGCAGAAAGAGUUCUUUGAUUCCAUAAGGAGCGAACGAGACGAUCUUAGAGAAGAAGUAGUCGUGCUGAAAGAGGAAUUAAAGAAACAUGGAGUAAUCCUAAAUUCAGAAAUAGCUACCAAUGGAGAGACUUCAGACUCUCUAAAUAAUGUUGGCUACCAAGGUUCUACAAAGAUGACAAAGGAAGAGUUAAAUGCCCUCAAGGCAACAGGGGAUGGGACGCUAGGCAGAGCCAAUGAAGUGGAGGUGAACAAUGAAAUGGUGGAGAAUGAGGGGAAAAGAGAAAUCUUGCAGAACACUGAGCAAAGACCGCACAAAGAGGACCCAGGAGAGGACUCUGUGGACACAGAGGUGUUACAUCCUGGUGACAAUGCCGAGGACCAGAAAACCUCUGAAGACAGUGCCCCCUCCCCAGGAAUGUUAGUAAAUCCUGAGAACGCGCAACAGGUUCAAAGCCAAAUUCUGGAGAACACUUCCUUCUUUGAAAACACACAGCAGGUUGAGUCAAGUGAGGUCAUAAACAGUGAACUAGAUGGUGAAAUCCCAGGUCCUAGGAUUGGGCAGGGCAGCAGUGAUGCCUUGGAUGUCAAAAACCAAAGUAAAGAAUCUGCAGAAGAGUGGGAAAAAGAAAAACAGGAAGAUUUUGAAACCAACUUGGAAGAGAUUAGCAUAGAACCACGUCAGGAAUCUGCUCCUUUGCAAAUACCUGAAGUUGGAAGGGAGAGCAGUGCAGACACUGGGGAGCAGAGUGGGAACCCCGCAGAGGCUGUGCCAGAGGCAGGGCUCACUGGAUUGGGGGAGCAGGUGGGCACAGUAGCCUCAAGUCCUCCAAGGGGUAUCGAUGACACAGUGAGUCACCGUGAAAAAUGGGAGGUAGAUGCUCCAGAAGGCUUGGACCCAAGCUCAGGGCAUGAUUUAGAGAAAGAACUCACCAACCAGGAAGUAGCUGAGCCCAAGGAGGUCCCAAUUCAGAGCACAGAGGUAGGUGGGGAGAACAAUGAAGAGGAGGGUAAAGGAAGAAAAUUAAGGGAUGAGAAACCAGUCAAGCUGGAAGUCCAAGCCAUUCCUUGUUCUCCAGAAGCCAAAAGCAGUCCUCAGGAGGUGACAGGUCCAAGUACGGUAGAUGCUGAAAGUGAACCCCUAGGUGUGAAAGAGCCCGAUGAAGAAAAGAAUGACCAACAGGGAGAGGCACUGGAUUCGUCGCACAAGAAAAUGAAGAACAAGAAAAAGAAAAACAAGAAGAAAAAAUCACCAGCACCUGUAGAAACCAAAGAUGUUCAGAAAGAGUUAACAUUUCAAAACCCAGAUUUAAGUGAAGUGAAAGAAGAGCAGGUAAAAUUUACUGACAAAAAACCAGUUGUAGAAGCACAAAAUGAGGUCACUAAAAACCCAAAACAGAACACUGCGGUAGGAAGCAGUAAAAAUGUCGAUGGUCCAGAAAAUCCUAAAAUUGAGUUGGAUGGAGGACUUAACCAAGACGAUUUUGGUGUAAACACUAAGACAGGGAAAGCAGUAGCUGAUGGAGACACGUUGGAUUUUGAAGAUAAUACAGUUCAGUCAUCAGGCACCAGCGCCAGUAAUAAAGAAUUAGAGGAAGGUGCUAUAAAAGAUGAUUCUGAAGAAGAUGGCACCACUCCCAGCCAUCCUCCAGGUCCAGACAAUGAGGAAGUGCCAGGCAGCACCCUGCUCCAAGACGAAGGUCCCUCAAAGAACAUUAACGAUGCCUGUCAAACAGAAGGCACAGAAGAGCAUGUGACAUCAGAAAAUGUAGGUCAGACCAUCAGGAAGGUUUCAGAUAGCAUUAGUCUAGAAAAUGAUGACGUGGCACCAGCAGGCGAGGUGGGGGACUUUAAUUCAGAAAGCAAGGAAGAGAUGACAGAUGGACACGGGAAGGGCAGAAACAAAGAGGACUGUACCUUGUCAUAGGUUGAGGCGGGGUCUUAGGGAGGGGCCAGGACUGCACAGCAAGUCCAACUGUGAGAGACUCCACUGAUGAGACUCAGAAAAUGGUCUAGAUUGGUAUAGAUGCACCGAAUGACAAUCCACCGCCAAGUUAUCUAAUCUUUGAAGCUAUAGACUGUUACCUGUAGAUUUCUAUUUCAUCACUAAGGUUAUCACACAGAUGAGAAGGACACUUCUGUUAUUAGAGUUAGUUCUAAUGGAGAGCAUUCCAAGAGCAUCAAACAGUAAUGUACACUGUUUUAUUCCUGCUUAAAAUCAGCAUCAAAAUAUUUAGCUUUUGCCUUAAGUUGAUGUGAAUGUGCAUAUUCUUGACCAAAAGUAUCAGCAUCUAAUUGAAGUGACCAAAUAGUAUCCUGAGAUUUCCACAUUAUGAGUAUGAUUUAAAUGAAGGUGUCUCAUUUAAAUAUAUGUGCUUUCAUAUUUGAUCUUGAUAUGUAUAAUAUAACCUGUAUGGUAUUUUAUUUAGAAGGUACAUAAAUGGCCAAACAGCCUGUAGGUCACUGAGUGAUGAGAUUUGCAUGUUAGGACAGUAAUUAAUCAUGUUAGGGAUAGCAAAUAAACAUCUUACAGCACUAGGGAUAACUUACUUGCUUUUACCUCAUAUAAGGAUUUUAUCUCAGACCAAUACUUUUGGAUCUCAUUCUUGAGGAUACCUGAAUUUAUUUUGUAGGAGAUUUUGACUUCAUGACAAUUAUGUACCAAAGUCAUUUUAUACAAAGACUUUUUUUUUUUUUUAAUUUUUUUCUGGAAGAGAUACAUGUUGUAAUUGCGUUUCCUACUGCAGUAUUUGGGCAGGGAGAAUCAUUUCUAAAAUUUAUUUUUUUAACCUUAAAAUUACUUCUCUUUGUAUUUGUUUCAUCAUUAUUCAGUAGAGCAAGACAAAAGGAUGCUAUUCUUGUGCAAACUUCUGAUUAGACUCUAACAGGAUAUUUUAAAUAGUUGAAUCACUUGGUAUUUUGGUAUAAAUAUUUUCAUUUGUUGUUUUUCAGUAUAUUCUUACCGGAAAUUUCUUGUUUUGAUCUUCCUGAACAAGAUAUAUAUUUUCUAUAUAAAGAAACAUUUUAAAAAUAAUUGUAAAGUUAAAUUAAAAACCAUUAUAAAAUAUUAAAAUUACAGGGGAAUGUACAGUUUGAAUGCUGUUGACACUUUAUGAGAUCAUAUGACUUCGUAUUAUUGUUACAAGAUAUAAUUGAGUGCAAAAAUGACCAAUACCUCAACAAAAUUUGAAAUAAAAACAUUUUAUAAUUUUA